AUGAAUUCCAACUUUGGUCUAGACACCACCAAACCACAAGACGGCAGUGGAUACACCCUCAGCCUUUGCAUCGGGUUGCCCAUCAUAUUGCUUGUUGUCACCUAUGUCUCGUACAUGUGCAAACAUGGACGAGACGAGGCUAUUGGAACUACCCACGACCACCACUCGAUGGCCAUGAACGGAUUGGACGACUCAACCCUCUCCUCCUACCCGCAGAUUACCUACUCGGAUGCCAAGCCCGGCGACACCUGCUCUAUGCCACCGGCGAUUUGCUUAGGCUGCUGCCCGACUGCGCCCAUCUCUUCCAUCUCGCCUGCGUUGAUCCAUGGCUACUACUUCAUUCGUCUUGCCCCAUUUGCCGCUACUCGCCCUUGCCGUGGAACCAACAAUGAAGAUCCAUAUGAUCACCCAGACAAGUAG